AGACCCCUAUUAAUCUAACCUAAGUUGAAUUAACCAAUUAAUGGGGAAAACUAAACUAUUUAAAAGAAAACUAAGUCAACUAAGGAAAAUUAAACUAAAGAAUUUUCUAAGUUAAAGAAACUAUGAAUGAGAAAGAACUAGGGUUUGGAUUUCAUUUAAUUCUGAAUUAUGCAACUGUUUCAUUAAUUUAAUUCAAGUUCAAAUAAUAGUGUUAUCGCAUGAGAUGACGGAUUUCCCUAAAUUAAUUAACCAGCUUUCUCAAGUCAAGCUAAUCCUUCAUUUGUUUGCUAAAUCAAUCAUAUCUCUAUGAAAUUUUAAACAAACUAAUGAGCAUUAAAUUCUAUGGAAACCUCUAGCUUAAGAAGGGGGAGCUACUAACUCUCUUCUCUUCCUCCACUACCAUAUGUGAGCUAAUUACCUCUCGGUCUCAUAGUCUAGCACACGGUUUAUAUUAUUAUUGGUCUAAUCUACGCAAUUCUUUCUCAAGUUCAUGCAUAAAUCACUAAAUCAAUUGAAAGUUUGCCGAAUGGUGCGCUGUUGUCUGGAAGCAAGGCUGGUGGAGAAGAAGCAAGACUGGGUGGUGUCGAACAGAGGCUGGGCGGUGUUGAAUAGAUUUCAGGGUCCUCUUGUGCAGAUUGGAUUCGGGUCCCUCCGAUUAGGCUGGGCGGCGGCUUUUCCUCCAAUGUGCAGAGCAAUCCCGUGCGGCUGUCCUCUUCUGCUGCUAGUGAACAACAGAGGCGGGUGCUGGGAUUUUUGGCGGCUGGGUGCUCUUGACCUUGCGCAGAACAACUUCCUCCCCUUUCCCGUCUGUGUGGCUCUAUAUAAAUCUCCCAGAAAUUAGAAACCCCUUAACCCUAGCAGACAUGGGAAUUGGGCUUUGGUUUGGGCCUGAAUUGCAGUUGGCCCACUCUUACAAAAAACAUAGCCCGUCUCUUUAUUUCUGCACUGUCUAUAGUCAAAACCGUCACUUUCAACUUAAAUUCUAUAUUGAUACAGAAGGAAUUGGGUUGAGCUCAUAAAACAUCAAUUGUAGC